GCAGAUGAUCUGGUCUCCGAGAACUGCCCCUCUACCGCCGAUGCGAUGAUGGCCGAGCAAACCUGGCCAACGGAGGAAGAGAUUGCUUCAGCCCCUGCAAAUAAAGCUGCUUCAAAACCUAAGAGAACCCGAAAAAUACCGAUCGGUACAAGUGACUACCAAGCUGCAUGGAUUCCCGAGGGUCAAGAAGAUGAAUAUGAAGACGAAGAUGAGGCUGAGUUCGAGGACCCCCUUGGUGGUGACAGUAAACAUGAAGUGACCCGGGAGGAAGAGGAAGAAGAGAUGGCAGAUAUGGAUGAUGAUAUGUCAGAACAUGGACAAUCAUCGAAAGAAGUCAGGUUCAUGGACUUAUCGGAUGAUAUAGAGAAACUCCAGCUAGAGGAAUACCGAGCGAAUCGGGAACAACAACGAACAAGCGGUGCUCGUGAGGAUGAAGAAUUUCCUGAUGAAAUCGACACUCCUCUUCAUAUACCUGCCCGAGAACGUUUUGCUCGUUAUAGGGGCAUGAAGAGCCUACGGACUAGUCCAUGGGAUCCUUACGAAAAUCUACCUGCGGAGUAUGGGAAAGUCUUCGGCUUUCAAGACUGGAAGGUGAUGAGUAAGAAGCUGUGUAAAAAAGCUAACGAGGACCAACCCGGAGCGGGUGCUGGAAUGCGCGUGACACUACAUGUGGCCGAGUUCCCACAAGAUGUAUUUGAAAGCCUACCUCGAUCCCUUCCACUCGUUGCAGUCUCCCUCCUCCAACACGAACACAAGUAUUCAGUGAUGCACUUCUCUACCCAGCGCAAUACGGAAUACGAAGGCGAAAUCAAGUCAAAGGAUCAAUUGGUGAUCUGUGUAGGUUAUAGAUUCUACAGUGUCAAUCCCAUCUGGUCUCAGCCUUCGGUGCGAGCAAGCAAUAAUGUUCAUAAGUUUGAGCGGUACUUGAGACAUGGUCGAAUGAAUGUCGGGACUGUGUACAUGCCCGUUACGUUUGGAUCCACAACGCCUGUGGUUGUCCUUCAGGAGGUCAAUGAUGACGAGGGUACGUUGGAAUUAGUUGGAUCCGGCACAUUGGUAGGCAGUGAACCGAAGCGGAUCGUCGUCAAGCGAUUUGUCUUGACCGGUCAUCCAUACAAAGUACACAAGAAAACAGCUACAAUCCGCUACAUGUUUUUCAAUCGAGAUGAUAUUGAAUACUUCAAACCGGUCGAACUACGAACCAAGAAAGGUAGAAGUGGUCAUAUCAAAGAGCCACUUGGUACACAUGGUUACUUCAAGGCAGGAUUUGAUGGUCCAAUCGAUCAGAUGGACACAAUUUGUAUGUCUCUCUAUAAGAGAUGUUUCCCAAAAUGGGCUCAAGGUUGGAAUGGCUCACUUAAGUCAAUAUGUUGGCAAGAAAAGGAAGAUGGAAAGGGGAUGGAAGUUGAUGAAGAUUAGUGAGAUAUAUCCUGCAUUUUUUUUAAUUUCUUACUUGAGUUUAAGUGCGUGUUUUGGAAAUCGUCAUAUCCAUAUAAUUGAUUUUUUAUAAGUGAUUGAAUAAGAAAUAUCCAAAAGUAUAUAAUGCUCGG